AUGCUAGCCAACCAAUUCAAAAAGCACUUCAUCGCUGGGAGUAGGCAAACAAAGCCUAGCAUUCACUUGAUGAUAGUGAAGCAAGGAGAGAAUGAAAGCCUUAAAGACUAUAUUAAGAGGUUCAACACUGAGUCUCAUAUUAUCCCCGACCUCCAAGAUAACGUUGCUUUCACAGCCCUUCUCUUCGGGCUCAAGUCUAACAAGCUGAAGUUUGAGCUUGUGCAUAAUAAAGUCAGUACCUUCUCCGAAGCCAUAGAAAGAGCUGAAAGAAUCAUUGAAGCAAGUGAGGUGUGCAAGGCACCCGUGGCUAAGAACAAGGGGAAAAGAAAGCACGAGGACAACUAUCAUGAGAACAAGAACAGAAGACCGAGGAAGGCUGAGAGUGAUGAUGAAGGACUCAAAUACAAUGCUGAUAGGCGUGAGAUCUAUUUGGACAUAAAGAACAAGGCUAUCCUCCUAAAGCUGAAUCCAAUUAACACAAUGAUAUAA